GAGGCAGCCAUGCCGAUGCGUGUUUUUUUUCGAAAACGAAAAAGGAAAACCAUUAUGCGUUUCCGAGUAUCGAGCGUCUCCUUGACGCGGGCGCCCGGAGCCAUCUCCACCGUCAGUGGCGAGAUCGGACGGCCUGCUGGAGGUGUUGGGCCCAUCCGUCCCCGGGUACUCAUUCCCUCUUCAAUACAAAACCAGCCGCAGUUCUCCAUUUUCGAGCGCAGAAGCGAGAGAUAUCCGGAGCAGCCGCAGUCCACCGACCCCGCCGCCGGUCGCCCUCCAUCUCCUCGCCGCCGGUCGCCCUCCAUCUCCUCGCCGCUGCCUCUCGGUUGUAUCAGUUUAUCUUGCCUCAGGAGCUUUGUUAAUUAAGAAUUUGACAUCAUUGGCAUAUGGCGUCCCAGAAGAGUUGUCUUCUGAUCACUUUCUCCCAGGAGAUUGUAGAUGGGGUGCCUCUGUUUGUUUCAUCAAACUGCCUUCCUGUAAAAGCUUUGAAAUAUGAACCUGCUGGUUAUUCGUUCCAUGCUGCGGCAAUGAAGCUGCUUGGUCUUGCGGAGCAUGAAGAUAUAGAAACUGAUGAUCACAGCGUUUCAUCGGAUGACAAAAGCCAAGAUUUUAAUACUGCUUCUGAUACCUUUAGCAGCAAAGGGAAGAAGAAGUCAUCUGGCAGUCAACAGCAGGACCACUAUGCUUUGCUUGGGUUGGGGCACUUGAGGUUCUUGGCCACUGAAGAUCAAAUUCGGAAAAGUUACCGUGAGAUGGCUCUCAAACAUCAUCCAGAUAAGCAGGCUGCCCUGAUUCUUGCAGAGACAACAGAGGAGGCAAAACAAGCAAAAAAGGAUGAGAUAGAAAGCCAUUUCAAGUCCAUCCAAGAGGCCUAUGAAGUUCUCAUAGACCCUACAAAGAGGAGGAUUUAUGACUCUACAGAUGAGUUUGAUGAUGAUGUCCCAACAGACUGUGCCCCACAAGACUUCUUCAAAGUUUUUGGCCCAGCCUUCAUGAGAAAUGGACGCUGGUCUGUUACCCAGCCUAUUCCUUCUCUUGGAGAUGAUACUACUCCAGUAGAGGAGGUUGAUAAGUUCUACAAUUUCUGGUACAACUUCAAGAGUUGGAGAGAAUUUCCAGAUGAUGAUGAGUACGAUUUGGAGCAAGCUGAAUCUCGUGAACAUAAGAGAUGGAUGGAGAGGCAGAAUGCAAAGCUACAAGAGAAGGCCAAAAAGGUGGAAUAUGCGCGAGUGCGCACACUUGUAGACAAUGCUUAUAAGAAAGACCCAAGGAUCCAGAGGAGGAAAGAGGAGGAGAAAGCUGAGAAACAGAGAAGAAGGGAGGCGAAGUAUUUGGCAAAGAAAUUACAAGAAGAGGAAGCAGCAAAAGCUGUUGAAGAGGAAAGGCUAAGGAAAGAAGAAGAGUCUAAGAAAGCUGCAGAAGCUGCUCUACAUCAGAAGAAGCUAAAGGAGAAAGAGAAGAAGCUGCUCCGCAAAGAGAAAACUCGGUUGCGCACUCUUGCAGCACCUGUCAUUGCAGAUAGCCACUUUGGUCUAUCAGAGGCAAAUGUUGAAUCGGCAUGUGCUUCACUUGAUAUGGAACAGCUGAAGAAGCUCUGUGAUGGAAUGGAUGGUAAGGAUGCAGCGGGAAAGGCCUGGUUGCUGAGCAAUGUACUUCCCAAUGAAAGUUCCUCAAAGGAAGCAAAGAAAAUUGAAGGGAAUGGUGUGGAGCCUUCUGCCCCAAAAUCCAACUCUACAGGAGGUAGAGCGACAGAAGGCAGUAGCAGCAUAUUGAACAGCUAUGAGAAAAAAGAGAGACCAUGGGGAAAGGAAGAGAUUGAGAUGCUUAGGAAAGCAAUCCAAAAGUAUCCUAAGGGAACUUCGAGGAGAUGGGAGGUUGUUUCUGAAUUUAUUGGGACUAGCAGAUCGGUUGAGGAAAUUCUCAAGGCCACCAAGACUGUUCUUCUGCAGAAGCCAGACUCAUCGAAAGCUUUCGACUCUUUCCUUGAGAAGCGGAAACCGACACAAUCUAUUGCUUCGCCUCUUUCGACCCGAGAUGAAAUUAGUUCAACUGAGGGAGCUGGGACUGCAUCGUCAAAGUCUGCAGCACAAUCUGCGAGUAGCCAGACAGCCAAUGAGAAAGCUGCUGCUGAUCCUGUCACGGAUGGAGGACCAUCCGUAUCAGAUCCAGAUGCCUGGACGGAUGCACAGGUCCUGGCUCUAGUCCAAGCUUUGAAGGCUUUUCCCAAGGAUGCAAGCCAAAGAUGGGAGCGUGUGGCUGCUGCUGUCCCAGGUAAAACCGUAGUCCAGUGCAAGAAAAAAGUUGCGGCAAUGAGAGAGAAUUUCCGGAGCAAGAAAAGUGGGGAGUAGGCAAGUGCAAGAAAAGCAUUGCCUCGCUGGAAGUACAUUUUUCAAGAAAGAGUCUCUGGAUGGCAAUGUUUAUAGAAUGUGUUCUGCAUCUUAGCUGGCGAGGUAUUGCUUGGCGAACCUCAUGCCAUAUCAAAUGGAGGGAGUAUCUUGCAUUAGUGCACUGGUUCCGUAGCAAACUAGAGAGCCAUAUCUGUUUUUAUUCAUUUAUAUUUAUAUAUAACUAUAAGAAUAGAUAGGAAUAUACAUUGUGAGACCUGUUAUCGAAGUGAGCAUUGUUUUUCCGGGCCACACUUUGUAGUGGCUAGCUACGUCUGUUCUUGUAGCAUCUUAAAUGCUACUUAACACAAUUGCUAAUGGCCAGGUCCUGUUCCUUAUUCCUAAA